UCCUUUAAAGCGGCCACAUGCAGCCGAGCGGCGGCCACAAUCACGGCUGGAAGCGGCGGGGAGUGGGGAGCCGGCUCCGGGCUGGCCCGGGCAAUCAGUGCGGAGCCUCGUCCGCCCCAUCCCCGCGGCCCCGGCCCCUUCCCCGCCUCGGGGUGGGGGAGCGGGGGGGGGCUUAGAAGCAGGCGAAGAUGGCUGGGGCCAUCAUCGAGAACAUGAGCACCAAAAAGCUGUGUAUCGUCGGGGGAAUUUUGCUGGUUUUCCAAGUCAUCGCCUUUCUAGUGGGAGGUCUGAUCGCUCCCAGCCCCACCACAGCUGUUCCCUACAUGUCGGUGAAGUGCAUUGAUGUGAGAAAAAACCACCACAAAACCAAGUGGCUGAUGCCCUGGGGACCCAACCACUGCGAGAAGCUCAAGGACUUUGAUGAGGCAGUGAGCAGGCAGAUCGAAGCCAAUGACAUCGUCUUUGCUGUGCACGUCCCCCUCCCCAGCAAGGAGAUGAGCCCCUGGUUCCAGUUCAUGCUGUUCAUCAUGCAGCUGGACAUCGCCUACAAGAUGGACAACGACCUCAAAGAGAACGCAGAAAUUACCCUGGAUGUGUCAUUAGCGUAUCGUGAUGACAUGUCUGAUGAUUGGGAAGAAAUAGCCCAUGCAAUAGAGAUCAGGAAGCUGAAAUGCACCUUUGGCUCACCAAAAACUCUGGAAUCUGAAGGCCGUCACUAUGACUGUGACUUCCUUCCCUUCAUGGAGAUCGGCAGCGUGGCUCACAAAUACUACCUCAUCAACAUCCGCCUGCCUGUGAACGAGAGGAAGGGCAUCAACGUGGGCAUUGGGGAAAUCAAGGAUAUCCGCCUUGUGGGCAUCCAUCAAAAUGGAGGCUUUACGAAAGUGUGGUUUGCCAUGAAGACCUUCCUCACCCCCAGCAUUUUGAUUAUCAUGAUCUGGUACUGGAGACGGAUCACGCUGAUGACACGCGCUCCUGUCCUGCUGGAGAAGGUCAUCUUUGCUCUGGGAAUUUCCAUGACAUUCAUUAACAUCCCUGUGGAGUGGUUUUCCAUCGGAUUUGACUGGACUUGGAUGUUGCUAUUUGGAGAUAUUCGACAAGGCAUCUUCUAUGCCAUGCUUCUGUCAUUUUGGAUCAUCUUCUGUGGAGAGCACAUGAUGGAUCAGAACGAGCGGAAUCGUCUCUCAGGGUACUGGAAGCAGGUUGGACCCAUAGCUGUUGGCUCCUUCUGCCUCUUCAUCUUUGACAUGUGUGAGAGGGGGGUGCAGCUGAAGAACCCCUUCUACAGCAUCUGGACCACUGAAGUUGGCACGGAGCUGGCUAUGGCCUUUAUUAUCGUCGCAGGAAUCUGCUUGUGUCUCUAUUUUCUCUUCCUGUGUUUUAUGGUCUUCCAAGUGUUCAGAAACAUCAGUGGGAAGCAGUCAAGCCUCCCAGCCAUGAGCAAGGCUCGUCGCCUUCAUUACGAGGGACUGAUUUUUAGGUUCAAGUUCCUGAUGCUCAUCACCCUGGCUUGUGCAGCAAUGACCGUCAUCUUCUUCAUUGUCAGCCAGGUGACCGAGGGCCACUGGAAGUGGGGGGACAUCACAAUCCAGGUGAACAGCGCCUUCUUCACUGGCAUCUACGGCAUGUGGAACCUCUACGUCUUUGCCCUGAUGUUCCUGUAUGCACCGUCACACAAGAAUUAUGGGGAAGACCAGUCGAAUGGUGACCUGGGAGUCAACAGUGGGGAAGAGCUGCAGCUGACCACCACCAUCACCCACGUGGACGGCCCCACCGAGGUCUACAAGCUGGCUCGCAAGGAGGCUCAGGAGUGACGUGGAGGAGGCUCAGCCGGGACCCAGCGUGGGGUGACAGCAGGGGACAGCACAAGGCUGCCCAGGAGGAGACCUUGCCGACUGCACUUGCUCCUCCAGCACCCCGAGUAUUGUCAUGGAGCAGUGACACCGAGCAGAACGUUUGUAAACUCUUUACUAUGGUGUAGUUAUUCCUGGGGGGGAGGGAUAUGUAUAUUGUGUUACACUCGAGCACAUAAAAACCCGCUAGAAAAAAGCAUUAAGGUUGCAAAGUCGCCCAUUUGGGGGGUCAGGAGGGGCCAGAGCUGGUGUGGGCCAGGUUUUCUUUGGCUGCCAUGUGCCUGUGCACGAGGGUGGUGCAGGAAGCUCAGUCCAUGAGCACAUAUUCAGUACUUCUCGUUUUUUUGUGUGCAACUUUAAGCAAGGUGUUGGUUAAGAUGGGAACUAACGCCUCAUUGUAAAAUCAUUUAAUUCCAUCUAUAAUUGUAUUGAACCUUGUUUGAGGUCUUUAGUACAGCCCUGCAGCAAACCUCUGUUGCUUGAAUGAAGCACAGCUGGGGAAGGGAGUAGACAGUUUGUAAUUUAUAAGAUUUUAGUAAAAGCAGCAGUGUGCUUAGUCGGUGUGUUUUACAGCUGCAUGUUAAAUGUAGGGGAAUAAAAAUCUGAGUGCCGCGUUGCGGGGGAAAGGGAUGCUCAUGUCCCAAGGUCCCGGCGGUGCCGCAGCCAGAUCCUGCCUAUUCUCAGCCCCUUUGGCUCUCUCUCCCUCUUGUCUUACUCCGUCUGACCCUUUUGUUACGGCUCAUUUUCACGCUGCCCACGUGCCAUGGGGAGAGCAGAAAGGCCGUGGGAGGGACAAUGUGUUCUCAGUGACCGGGCAAUCCCACUCCUCCUUGCAUUGCUGGGAUGGGGAACGCUUGGCAGAGCUGGAUCCUUCCAGGGAUUAUUGGGUUUGAGAACAUCCGCUUGUCCUGGCACUAACGUGGAUAUUUGCUUUUCAAAGCAAAAGCAGACGGUGAGGUUGCUCGCCCCUACACUGUGAGAUUGUUGGCAGCGUGAGGGGAAUGAGAACUGACAUGGGAUAGAGGUGUAAACUGGACCAUGCUGGGGACCAGUUGAGAGAAGUGUUAAUGAAGCAUGGCCAGAAGGGUCUUUGCUGCCCAAGGGAAACCUGGAGGAUCCAGAGAGCCUCAUUAUCUGGCACUACUAAAUGUCUCUGUUAACUGCCCAUAACACAUAACCUCCCGGUUUAGCACCUAAAAGAUAAGAAUGUGCCUCUGCUAUCUGUUGAGGAAGGGUGAGAGAUCACAGAAUCACCGAAUGUGAUUGGAAGGGACCUCGAAAGAUCAUCUGGAUGAGGGAAGAGGGGCAGCUUCCCAAGCCUCUGACAUGCAUCGCAGGUAGUGGUAGAAACACCAUCCUGAGAAAGAGAACACGAUGUCCUUGGAUUCUUAAAACUUCACAUCAGUUGUUAGAGUACUAAGGCCGCAAAAUGGAAGUAUAAUUGGGAAAUAUCAGAAGUGAGGUUACCUGUGAAACCUUAGUCCAUCUCUAGCCAAUGUAUGGAUUGUGACAGUCAAUUAAAGCCCGUUGCGUGCUGGCUUUGCCGUCACGUUCUGGUUUGCCUGUGAGUUGGGGCUCCGGUUUGCACUGGUAGGUGCUGGUCUGUCGCGAUUCCCCUCCCAGCAAACAGCUUAUCCCCGGUGCUGCCCUGUGCACCCUGCACAUCCACCCCGCUCCAUGCAAGGGUUGCGGCUCCAUUCAGCUCCAGCCACCCCAGCACCACUGCAGGCACGUUCAUAACAAAAUCCAGCACCAACUUGCUUUGCCUCUCGCUUUUCCUUCCCCGUAGGUAAUCAUGAAUCCUUUUCGUUGCUGGGAACCCCAAUUUGUGCUCCAUCAAAUGGGUCUCUGAUUGGACUGCUCUGUUUUUAAUUGGAGCUACUAUUAAAAGAAGAUAAUACUGUUCAUUGUUCUGUUCAGCCCCACUGGGAUGCGGUUUCGGAGCUGAGGAACACUGAACGCAUCGCUCCCAGUGAUGUCCCUCGUGUGCUGCUGUGUCUGAGCGUGCAAAGUCCCUUGUGGCACAGAAAAAGUGCUGAGCACCGCUCAAGGAGUUGGCUUUGGGUGAUCUUUUGGAUACUUGAACUGGAAGACUAAUCAUUUUUUAUAAGUUUAGUUUGGUUUUGUAAAAUGGGAUGAUAAUACCCCUGUACUGAAAUGAAAUGUAGUUUAAAAGAAAAAAAAAAAAAGGCAAAAUGAAAAAAAGGAGUGUGCACACUUACUGUAUGUGGAAUAAGUGCUGGGACUGUACCUUCAACAUGUAAGCAGUUAACAUAAGGAAAACAAAUACUAGUAGGUAAAGCAGUGUUCCUACUUGUGGUAGUUGUUCCCAUACAAAGUUAAUUAAAUUAAUGCAUGUCAUCAUAAUGCCAGCAUGUUCCUGGCUGAGUGCUCGACUUUGCAACUUUAAUGUGCUUUUUACAUUGGGUUCUUGUGUGAUAUUUAUGUUGUUCCGAUAGAUGUGUCCGUGGUUUCUUUUACAGCUUAGUAUAGCGUUGCAUUUUGUAAAGGCUCCUUACAAAUGGGGAACUGCAGCUUUAAAACCAAAUUUUGUGUCAAAACUAACCAUUUGUUUACGGGACGCGUGUAUGUGUGCGUGCGCGCGUGUGUGGUUUUUUAUUUCUUAAUUCCUAAGUCCUACUUAUAUGUCUGAGUAAUAGUUCCUGGGUCUUAUUAAGCUAUAUCCUUUUUUUUGUUUAGGUUGAGUUCAGUUUUUACAGAAUGCUUUAAGCAACCUGGAAAACGUGUAGUUUUGUUAAUUUAAAUAAAAUAUACAAUAUUGUG